AUGAAUGCAAAAUACCCUCAUGGAACGAAUCCUUCUGGUCAAGAAUCUGUUCAAGAUUGGUUAAAUUUGGGUUUAACUCCUGGAAGUGAUCAGUCUUUAUACGUAACUCAGCAUCAACAUAUGGGUGCAGAAUACCAUCAAGGAACUAAUCCAUCAGAUCAAACAGGUAAAAAAGGGAAAGUAAUAAAAAAUGUAGAAAAAUAG